AUUCUCCUUUUACGCCACCUGCCUCGCUGUUCUGUGCAUUGCUCUCUCCCCCCUCCGCGCUCUUCCCUGCUCCGGCCCCCCUCCCCGGGUUUCACUUUUCAAGAUGGCCACCGCAUCAGCUCGGGGUGUCUCCGCGCUCCGCCGCUGCUGCCUGCUGGGGCUCCCGGUGUGAGCGUACCCUUGCAGUAUUUGUCACCUGUCUUGAGAGACCAUUGGCAACAUCCAGCUGCACGUUUCUCCCAUUCAUUUUACCCAUCCGCUUCUUUGGUGUUUGGAGAGGCAGAGGAUACAGGGGUCUGUUGUAUGCUAUGUUGAGUAAGCCUCCGGGCAGUGCCAGCCUCCUUUCCUCCCUCCAGGACCAGGGCUAAACCUCUAUGGAUAUACAGCCACCAUGGUAAAACUGGCAAACCCCUUGUACACCCAAUGGAUCCUGGAGGCCAUCAGGAAGGUGAAGAAACAGAAGCAGCGUCCUUCAGAGGAGCGCCUCUGCAAUGCCGUAUCAACUUCUCAUGGCCUUGACCGCCACACUGUAUUGGAGCAGUUGGAACUGAGCGUUAAAGAUGGGACAGUUCUCAAGGUCUCUAACAAGGGGCAAAACUCUUACAAGGACCCUGAUAAUCCAGGUCGCUUGGCUCUGCCGAAGGCCACAAAGAGCCAAGGACGGCCAGAGGGUUUAGACUGGCACCGGCUUCUGAAGCGGGCAAUUGAGAGCCUGGAAGAACCAGGUGGCUCUUCAUUGAAAUGUAUUGAGCGUUUCUUGAGAAGUCAGCGGGAUGUGAGUGCAUUCUUCGGGGGAAAUACUGGUGCAUCAUCCGCUUUCCACCAGCAGUUACGGCUUGCAGUGAAACGGGCGCUGGCCCAUGGGAGAAUUGUUAAGGAAGGAUCCAUCUAUAAGCUCAAUGGCAAGUUGUCCGAUGGAAAGCAGGGGUGGGAGUCACUGGCCUGCCUGCCACCUGUAUGCCUGUUACCCCAUGAGAAGGACAAGCCGGUAGCUGAACCCAUUCCUAUAUGCAGUUUUUGUCUGGGAACGAAAGAGUCAAACAGAGAGAAGAAACCAGAAGAGCUUAUAUCAUGCGCAGACUGUGGGAACAGUGGUCAUCCGUCAUGUUUGAAAUUUUCUCCCGAGCUGACCAUGCGUGUAAAGGCUCUUCGCUGGCAGUGCAUUGAAUGCAAGACCUGCAGCUCAUGCCGAGACCAGGGAAAAAAUGCAGAUAAUAUGUUGUUUUGUGACUCUUGUGACCGUGGGUUUCAUAUGGAGUGCUGUGAGCCCCCUCUCACAAGGAUGCCGAAAGGCAUGUGGAUAUGUCAGAUUUGCCGGCCUCGGAAAAAAGGUCGGAAGUUGCUACACAAAAAGGCUGCACAGAUUCGACGACGUUACACUAACCCCAUCGGGCGUCCAAAAAACCGCUUAAAGAAGCAGAGUUCAAUGACGCACCCUUCGUUUGGUAAAGGCAGAGGAGCACCUGGUCGGGGCAGGAAGCGCAAGCUUUCAAUGUCCUCCAUGUCCUCUGAAGAUGAUGGCAGAUACUCUGAGGACCACAGAGGUGGUGGCUCAAGUGUCCCCUUCAAUAAGAAGACAAAGGGUCUUAUCGAUGGCUUAACAAAGUUUUUCACUCCGUCACCUGAUGGACGAAAGGCACGGGCAGAAGGCCUGGACUACUCCCUGCAACGUUCACGGAAGAGGGGGCCCCGUAAAUCUGGCCAGGGAGAUUGGGAUAAUCAGGAAGGCUGGGACAGCAAGUUGGAUGGGGAGGACCACCCAGGAAUGAUAUCUGAAAAGGAAUUUGCGCUCUUCCAGGAUAUCCAGGAGCAGGCACUGCAGAAGGUUGGAGUUUGUGGCCCUCCUGACCCGCAGGUGCGCUGUCCAUCUGUCAUUGAAUUUGGGAAAUACGAGAUCCAGACCUGGUAUUCCUCUCCAUACCCACAGGAGUACACAAGGCUUCCUAAGCUGUACUUGUGCGAGUUCUGUCUCCGAUACAUGAAAAGCCGCACAAUGCUGCAGCAGCACAUGAAGAAAUGCAAUUGGUUCCACCCACCUGCCAAUGAAAUUUAUCGCAAGGACAACCUUUCCGUCUUUGAGGUGGAUGGAAAGGUGAGCACGAUCUACUGCCAAAACCUCUGCCUUCUGGCCAAGCUCUUCCUCGACCACAAGACCCUCUAUUAUGACGUGGAACCUUUUCUCUUCUACGUGCUGACACAGAAUGACUCGAAAGGAUGCCAUCUUGUUGGAUAUUUCUCCAAGGAGAAGCACUGCCAGCAGAAGUACAAUGUGUCCUGCAUCAUGAUUCUUCCACAGUACCAGAGAAAAGGAUACGGUCGCUUUCUUAUAGACUUCAGUUACCUACUUUCUAAACGAGAGGGGCAAGCAGGAUCCCCCGAAAAGCCACUUUCCGAUCUGGGCCGACUCUCUUACAUGGCGUAUUGGAAGAGUGUGGUACUAGAGUGUUUACAUCACAACCGAGAGCACCAACUAAGCAUCAAAAGGCUCACCAAGCUGACUGGCAUCUGCCCCCAGGACAUUGCAGCCACCUUGCAGCAGCUUCGUAUGCUGGAACUUCGAGGAGACCGCGUUGUGUUGGUUCGUCGGGUACAACAAAUCCAGACACACAUGAGCCGCUUGCAGGCCCGGCCGCGGGAAGUAGAAGUGGAUCCAGAAGCGUUGCGGUGGACGCCUGUUAUUGUCACCAACUCUGUGGUCUCGGAUGAUGAAGGGGAAUCUGAAGUAGAAGAGGAGGAGGAAGAGGAUGAGGAGGAAGAAGAUGAAGAACAAAGAAGUCCCCUGAAAGACAGCAGUCAACAGGUCCUGAGAAGCAUCUCAAGAGAGUUUGACAGAGAAACAUGUCCGGUCUUGGAAAAGGAGAAGAGCCCACCUAAACUCCGUCCCUCUUCCCCAAACUCUCGCUUUGCAAACCCUCGACAGUUCCAGGACUUGCUUCGGGACAGCUUGCCUACCAAUAGUCGGCCUCCUGGACGAGGCCGAAGAGGGAGACGUGGGCGGCGGGGCAGAGGCUUUGGGUCUUCCAGUCGUGCGGCGGAUCUCUUAAGGCUGCUUGCCAGGGAAACCCCUGGGCCUCCUCGGCGAAAUGGGGAAAGAGGUCGCUCUGGAUCAAGGAGGGGGAGGCUGAAGAGGCUGGCUGAUCCCAUACUCCGUAGAGACUUCCUAGAGCAACAGGAAAGACUGGCUCAGCGUUUCGAUAGCGAGCACCCACAGCUAAGACGAUUUAGUGAAAGCAGCGAAGAAGAGGAUGAAGAUGAAGAAGAGGAGAAUCACAGCCUGCGUUCUGAUUCCCCACCCAUCCUAACCAAGCCCACUCUCAAACGCAAGAAGCCUGGAGCACACAGAAGACGUCGUGUUCGAAGACGUAAGCAUCACCACAACAGCAGCGUAGUAACAGAGACUAUUUCUGAGACCACCCGAGUCCUAGACGAGCCCUUCGAUGACUCUGACUCGGAGCGACAAAUGCCAAGACUAGAGCCUGAAGAGGAGGGCAGUGGCCAUGAUACUCCUUUUUCUCCCAGCUACUUCCCUUACCUCACUCCGUACCCCCUGCUGAGGCAUAAUCGACCAUUGGGCAAAAGCAGAUCAAACACAGAGCAAACCCAAGGGUCAACUGUACAGCCUCCUGUCUCUACAAUACGUUCCACAGAGGGCUCGGCCUCUUUACCCGAUACUUGUAAUCCUCCUCCUGUCAAGAAGAAGGGGUGGCCCAAAGGUAAAAGCAGAAAACCUCUGCACUGGAAGAAACGUCCAGGGCGGAAACCAGGUUUCAAAUUAAAUCGUGAGCCUCCACCGCCACUACCCACGAGUCCUCCUCCUGCUAGGCCUGCGCGAAAGUCGAGAACCCAAGAGGAGGAAGAGCCUACCAGAGAAGAAUCUCCAGAAAGAAAGGAGCCAGAGAAGGAAAUUGUAGAAACUGUAACUGAAAAGGUUGCAGAAGAGGAACCUACUAAUACUGUUGUGCAGCCGCCGUCUCCAUCUGAGAGCAGUAGCUGUAGCGAAAGCUCAUCACGGGAGGUUGAAACUCACCCAGCGUCACCAGAAAUGCAGGCGCAAGCUGGAGAUGAACCUCAGGCUGUUACAGAGGAGGCUGAUCGAGAAGAAGAGGAGAAAAUACCAGAGGAAAAGCCUGAAACAGCAACUGUAUCCAAUCAGCAGGAGGACCAGGAUGCUGAUGAUGAAGAUGACGGUGCCAAGGAAGCUGAGGAAGGGGAGGAGUUGGAGCGGGAACUAGUACCAGAGGAGCCAGCACCACAGGAGCCUUGUGUAGUUAGUAGCAGUGAAGAUGACGACAAAGGGGAUGGUGCACAGGAGGCAACAGAAGUGCCUGAUCCUCCUUCCUGCUUAGAGGAGGCUGAGGAAUGUCAAGAGAAAGUAGAGGAAGAGCAGAAGGAGGAAGAAGAGGAAGCAGAGGAGGUCAUACCCCACACUGAGUUGGACCUGGAGACUGUGCAAGCUGUGCAGUCUCUAACCCAGGAGGAGAGCAGCGAGCGAGAUGAUGGGAACUAUGGGGACUGUGAGGACGAGACACUGACAGCAUGUCAGACUUUGCAGAGUUUCACUCAGGCAGAGGAAGACCCCCAGCUAAGUUUACCUGAAGAGUGCCAUCCUUCUGCCCACGACAGCCCUAUAUCCUCUGUCCAUUCCCACCCCAGCCAGUCGGUGAGAUCAGCAAGCAGCCCAAGCGUUCCACAAACUUUGGAGAGUAACGGAACUAGUGUGUACCCACAGAUUAGCCCAGAUGCGGGCUCCCUCUCCGCUCCUUCUAUACAGAACUUGGAGACCACCAGCCCCAUGAUGGAUGUUCCCUCUGUGUCGGAUCAUUCUCAGCAGGUGGUGGAUAGCGGUUUCAGCGACCUCGGUAGCAUUGAGAGCACUACAGAAAACUACGAGAACCCCAGCAGUUAUGACUCGAGCAUGGGGGGUGGCAGCAUUUCCUCACAGAGCAGCUGUUCUUAUGCGAGUAGCGGCAAUGCUAAUGGAGGAGGGGGGCUGCCAUCCACAGCCAGCUUGGCACAGAAUGGGUGCUCUGUCAAUCAGCAGAUGGCUGGCAUGGCAAGCAUGUUGCAGCCAGCCCAAGCUUGUGGUAUUAAGUCCCCCCAGAGCUGUGCCUCAGAGCGACCUCCCAGCAACAAUAACCAGCCACCACCCCCGCCUCCCCCCCCUCCGCCAUUGCCGCCCCCACAACAACAACAGCCGCCCCCACAACAACAGCAGCAGCAGCAACAGCAGCAGCAACAGCAGCAGCAGCCCCCAAUGUCACAGUGCAGCAUGAACAACAGUUUUGGCCCCUCGCCAAUGAUCAUGGAGAUCCCAGACCAGAGCAAUGGCGGCAACCUCAGCAUCUAUCCAGGGGAUUUUGGGGCUGGUGGUUACACUCAGCCCUCAGCCACCUUUAGCCUGGCAAAAUUGCAGCAACUCACCAACACUAUCAUGGACCCUCAUUCUAUGCCUUACAACCACGCUCCGGCAGUCACCUCCUAUGCAAACAGUGUGUCCCUUUCCAACGCGGGCCUUUCCCAGCUCACCUCCUCCCACCCUCUAACUGGGGGACCCCAAGCACAAGCCACCAUGACCCCCCCUCCUACCAUGAACCUCCUUCAGUGCAACAUGUCGGCGGGCAAUCUUGGCAUUUCACAUAGCCAGCGUAUUCAAAGCCAGAUGCCCGUCAAGGGGCACAUUUCCAUCCGCUCCAAAUCUGCCCCACUUCCUGCUGCACCCUCCCCUCACCAGCAGCAACUGUACGGACGCAGCACCCCAGGCAUGCAGUCGUCCGCCAGAGCACUCUCCGUCCAGCGGAGCAUGAACAUGGGCGUCAACCUCAUGCCCACCUCCCCUUACAAUGUCAACACCAUGAACCAGCUCAAUGCUAUGGGCAGCUACCGCAUGUCCCAGCCCAUGGUCAACAGCUCGUAUCAUAGCAACGCCGCCUAUAUGAACCAGACAUCACAGUAUCCCAUGCAGGUUGGCAUGGGCAUGAUGGGUGCCCAGGCCUACACCCAGCAACCUAUGCAGCCAAACCCCCAUGGAAAUAUGAUGUACACCCCUCCUCCGCACCACUCCUACAUGAAUUCCCCUGCAGUUCCCAAACAAACUCUAAACUCCCCGUAUAUGAGGAGAUGAGGGGGCCACCCCAAAAAAAGAGCCCAUCUGCCACUCACCGUUCUCUUGCAGACUCUAAACAAGGCCUUUUAUACUGACAGGACUUUUAUUCCUCUCCCUUAUAUCCCUUGCUGUAGAUUUAAUAUUAUAUGUUUUUUUUUUUUAUUGUUAUUUUAUUUCCCCAGUGCAAAAAAAAAAAUAUAUAUAAUUUUGUUGGGGUUUUCCUGAUAUUUUUGUUUUCUGUAGAAAGGUUCUUUUAUUCACUCUGUCUCUUUCUCCAGUUUAUACAAAUGUUGGCGGGGGUGGGGGAAUACCCCCCUCCCCCUCAGUUCCAUUAUUAUUCUCAUGUUUUUUUGUUUUUUUACUAUAAUGGAAGCAAAAGAGAAAAAAAAAUAUAGCAGAUAUAAAAAAAAAACAGCUCUAGCGGAAAAUCGCACGGAAAUAGGAAAAAAAAAUCUUGUUUUUAGAAAUCGAGUUUAAAAGAAAAAUAUUAAGAAAGACAAAAAAAAAAUAUCUAACCCUGUAGCCUUAUUGAGUCGCCGGCUGUAAGCCAGCCGCCGCGGCAAGCGUAUAUUUUCAACGUGCGUCCGCUCUUUCUUCACAAAUUGUGAUAUCCAAGAUGGGGUGCUGAAGGGAAGAGAAGUCUUCAAAGCCCAAUCGAUGGGUAGAAGGGCAUAAUAACUCCCCCCCUCUGUGGCUAUGGUUCAGUCCUGUCGCUGAUGAUCUCACAAGUUCUGGGGUACAUGGAACCCGUAAAGGGGGAGGCGGGUCUGAUAUACCCAACUACACAUCGGCACAUGCACCGUUCGCUAGUAGUGCAGAGUACAACUGCAGCUAACUAUCCGUUUCCAAGAUACAAAAUAAUACUUAGUCCUGCUAUUGAACGCUGCAUGUGUUUGUUUUUUUGGGACAAGAAGCUCCUUCUCCUUUACUGCUCCUCUGUCCCACUGUACAAGGGGGUAGUACUCCUAUCUCAUUGUAAGAAGAAGCACUUAUUUCCUACACAAUAAAAUGGCAUUUUAGGAAGGACAGAUCAUGUAUCCUCAGUCUCUUCCCCCCUCACUGUUUGGUCAUCUUCUAUGUUGUGGCUCCUUCUCCUAAUCCGGUUUAAAGGACCAGUAACACUAAAAAUGAAAAUUAUUUUAUUUGUCCUGGCAUAGUUUUUUUCCCCCCUCAUCAUGUAUUAUCAGCUUUUCUGUUUGUGUGUAUAUAUAUAUAUAUAUAUAUAUAUAUAAUAUAUAUAUAUAUAUAUAUAUAUAUUAUCAGGUCUUCUGCAUUCAGGAUUUUAUUUUGUGUGUCUGUGUGUUCUCCAAACUAAGCCCCCCAUGUGUUCAGUGAUACUUAAUUAUGAAUAUUCAUAUACCGGGCCCCAAAAGCCCUAGCAGAAAAAUGUACCUGUAUUUUCAAGUAAUUUUCAAGUGGACUCAAGUGUUUAUGUAAAUGCUUUUGGAGCGUUUUCAUUUGCCGGUGUUACUGGACUUUUUGCAUUUCUGCCAAUCUGCUCGCAUUAUUUUUCAUGCAUUACCUGCCAGGUGUGCCUGUGUGCGUGUGUUACCAGUGUGCGUGUGUAUAUUCACAUGUUGCCAUUCACACGCCUGCUUGACAUACGGAGAGUGGCCAGCGAGCCGAGGCUGAAGUCUAGCAGAUUCAUUGUAUUCUCAAUGUUUUGCCUUAAAGGAAAACUAUAGCCCUUAAACAAUGUAGGUCUCUAUAAAAAGAUAUUGCAUAAAAUAGCUCAUAUGUAAAAUCCGGCUUCAUGUAAAUAAACCAUUUUCAUAAUAAUAUACUUUUUUGUAGUAUGUGCCAUUGGGUAAUCCUAAAUAGAAAACUGCCAUUUUAAAAAACAAGGGCCGCCCCCUGGGAACCUAUGAUUUACGGUGCACAUAAACAUGUUAUGUCACAUGAGCUUCCACACUUCUUCCUACUACAGUUAGAGCUGCAGUAUUUCUUGUCAGGUGAUCUCUGAGGCAGCACACAGACCAUCACAAAAUGGUGGUUCAAGGCCAGAGAUGUAAAAGGGCAAGAUUUACUUAAAUAUAUAGACCAGUUUGGUAAGAUUCUUUAAUGUGUCAAUUAAUAUGAUAUAAACUGUUGCUUUAGUAUUCAUUUUGGGGGUAUAGUUUUCCUUUAAGAACACAUGGCAGUUUGUGUGUGCUCACAAAGGCAAAAACAUUGACAGUGCCUUAAAACUCUGUUCUUCAGUUGCAGUUUUAUGCUGCCACUUUCUGUAUUCCUAUGCAGGUCGUUGGUCAUCAUUGCUGGGAUGGUGCGGCUUUUAGCUCUGCCGGUGUGUGCCUUGUUUCCCAAUAUAUAUAGGGGCGACUCUGCCUUGUUCCAUGGCUUCUGGGAGCCCAAUGUAAAGCACUUUCUGGUACAGUAUCUAGCACACUUCCAGAACACGACUGAUAGUGAUUGUUAGAACCCCAUCAGCCUAGAACCCCAUCAGCCUAGAACAAAUAAAGGCAAUUGAUGAUACUUUGUGUGUGGGGGGUAACUAUUCUGAUGGACAUGAGUCUUGUGAUUUUUAAUCAAGGCAGGGGUCGACCCCUUUACAUAAAGACUAGGGCAGCUAGCACAGAGCAACUUGUGCACCAACUCUACUAUUACUGGACUCUGCACACACCCGCAGAAUGAAACCCCCACCCUCGCAAUUCAUGAAAUAUCCCCCUCCCCCCCAUCGUCAUUCUGUUAAAGUACUAUUUUUUUUAUAUUCUGAUGUGUAUAGAAGCAUUGUCUGUCCGUUUGUAUAUCCCUGUGUAUUCUAUAGGAACAGCCAUUUGACUUUUCUGAGAAAUUGCCAUUUUCUCCCCAUACAAAGACACGUUCUCCUGCGUGCACUGAACAUGGCUCCAUUGUAAGUGAAUGCAGGAAUGCCAAUCUGAUUGGCCCUUCAUUCAGCUGUGGGCGUUGCUAAGCACCCGGCACACACCAGCGCUAUUUUUCCUUUUUUCCCCGCACAUAUUCAGACUGAGGAGGGCAGUUGAUGGGUCCUUUAUAUUGUGUAUGCAAAUUCACCUCUCUUCUCCUCCACCCCUUCCUGUGGUUUUAAUUAUGGCAAUUAAGAUUUUUAAAAAAAAAACGGUUUUACUCUCCAUCACAUCUUGUAAUUUUGCAAAGGCUUUUUUUCCUCUCUCUCUAUCUCUCUUCUUCUUCCUCCGGCCUUUUCUUGACGCUGUGGGGGUUCUAAUCCCUGUCUGGUUUGUAUGUAAGAAAACUUUCACCCGUCCCUCUCCCACUCCUCCUUUCUAGUAAGUGCUUUCAGAAAAAAAAAACUGUACAUUUUAACGGGAAAAAAAAAUAAAUUAUGUUGAGACAUUUUGGA